AUGAUUCUACGCUGGUUGAGGCAGUUUCUCCCUGGCACUUGCCGCUCAGAGGACAUAACUGACUUAGAACGGCACCUGGACAAUGGCCUGGAUAACGCGACGCCGUUGCCGUUCGGACAAGAUGACGCUCGCCAUCCGAUUCCUGCUCCUGGCCAGGUCCAGUGCGCUGACCCACAGAGUGAGCCAACCAAUGAACGGAGCUAUUCUUUGUUCCCUCGAUCAGGCAUAUGCAUGGACAAGGCCCCAUCAGCUGCCUCUACUGCCAGGACGUCAUCAGUAGAAAGUGACAGGACGAUCAUACUCCCAAGUCUUUCCGAGAUGGGUGUCUUAUGCUGGAAUGAAGAUUUUAAAGAUCCAGGAAAUGUGCGCGGCGCCUACGAUACCCCUGGUGUUACGAAGCCAGAAGCACCACCUCCACCGCCCACAACGGGAUGA